AUGAAUAAUAAUACGACAACAACAAACAAUGAAUUGUUAGUUAACCCUAAAACAGUCGAGUCAAUUUUAAGACUAGCAAUUAAAGAUAAGAUUAAGAUUUCAAAAGAAUCAACACAAUUAACAGCAGCUUAUUUGGAAUGGAUGAUAGCAGAAUGUUUUAAAAGAAUGACAAAACAAGCAGAGAUCGACGAAGCCAGUGAAAUUGGUUUGGAACAACUUGAAAAGAUCAUGGCACAAUUAUUAAUGGAUUUCAUGAAUUGA